UUGCUGAAACUUCGGAGGCCAGAAAGGUACGUGGUGGCCGGACACAGCCUCGACGGGCGCACUCACCGCCCUCAUCCCGGGACAGGACGGACGCAGAGAGCUUUCCCUUGGACUUCACGGCGGUGGAGGGGAAUAUGGACAAUUUCAUGACGCAAGUAAAGAAUCUUGCUCAGUCGCUCUAUCCUUGCUCUGCUCAAAAGCUCGACCAGGACAUGAAACUGCACUUUUUGGAGAACUCGUCAGUCACCUGCAACGACGGAACGCCUGCAGGCUACUACAUAAAGGAGUCCAGAGGAAGCCGGAGGUGGUUGGUGUUCUUGGAAGGUGGGUGGUACUGCUUCAGCAAGCAGAACUGUGACACCAGGUACGACACCAUGCGGAGGUUGAUGAGCUCCACCAGGUGGCCUCCCACUCGCACAGGUACUGGGAUUCUGUCUCCACAGCCAGAGGAAAACCCACACUGGUGGAAUGCAAACAUGGUAUUCAUUCCUUACUGCUCUAGUGAUGUGUGGAGCGGAGCGUCACUGAAGACAGAACAAAACGACUACGCAUUCAUGGGUUCUCUGAUUAUUCAGGAGGUCAUUAAGACACUGUUGCCCAAAGGCCUGGAGAAUGCUAAAGUCCUUCUACUAGCAGGGAGCAGUGCGGGAGGCACAGGUGUCCUGCUGAAUGUGGAUCGCGUGGCUGAACUGCUGAAGAGCAAGGGUCAUGGGUCAGUCCAAGUGCGAGGGCUGGCCGACUCCGGCUGGUUCCUGGACAACAAACAGUAUAGCUGCAGCGACUGUGUGGACACCAUCAGCUGUGCCCCCACUGAGGCCAUUAAACGUGGUAUCAGGUACUGGGGUAGUGUGGUACCUGAGCGUUGCAGACUGGCUCACACUGGAGAGGAAUGGAACUGCUUCUUUGGCUAUAAAGUCUACCCCACCCUGAGACGCCCUGUGUUUGUGGUACAGUGGUUGUUUGAUGAGGCUCAGCUAACGGUUGAUAACAUUCAUCUGACGGGUCAGCCCGUGCAGGAGGGCCAGUGGCGCUACAUCCAGAAUCUGGGCAGUGAGCUCAGGAACACCCUGAAAGACGUCCCGGCCAUGUUUGCACCAGCCUGUUUAUCACAUGAGGUCAUCACCAGAAAUUAUUGGACAGAGGUACAGGUGAAGGGCACCUCUCUCCCUCGCGCCCUGCAGUGUUGGGACCGCAGCCUCCACAGUAGCCUCCGCGACCAUGGCAACAGCACCAGGGGCCUUCCCCGCCUGCCGCCCAGGAGCUGCCCCCUGCAUCUGAUCGAUAGCUGCCCCUGGCCCCACUGCAACCCCACAUGCCCCACCGUCCGCGACCAGCUGACGGGGAAGGAGAUGAGCGCCAUCCAGUUCCUGACCCACAUGGGCUUCGACGUGCAGCGUAUGGCUCAGCAGCAGGGAAUGGACCCCAGCAAGCUACUGGGCAUGCUCAACAGCGGCAGCUGAGCACACGCGGGCUGAUGGCAGCAUGAACACGGACACACAUGGCGUGAGCGCAUGAGUUGGGCCACAAAAUGGCUGCAUGAACUGGAGUUCGUCCGUGUUGCGUUCAGUACAGGACACUUUGACACAAGCAACCUGGCUUAAGAUAUGGAUUUAUUCAAAUUAUAUUAUUCAUUUACUUUUUGCAUUUCUUUGCUGAGGAUACAUAGAGACUGUUUUAACAGAGGAUGCAAAUCCACCUAAAACAUACAUAAUAUAUAUUUGCAUAAACUGUUUAUAUACAUAUUACUGAUGAUGCUAGAGACAGCCAUCCAGCUCUCCUGACUUCACUGAUGAAACUUGGAGGUAGAUUCACUGUAAGCUUUCGCCCCCUGCUGGCGCCUCAGACACAUUACAUCAGAGCCUGUAAGGGUUUUUUCCAUCGUCUCUCACGUCUAGCUUGUGGAUGGUGUUUUUCAGGACAUUGACACAUUAAUAGUGGGGGUUUUUUUUGUUUGUUUGUUGUUGUUCUGAUAUAUUUUAAAGCAACCUUGGGCAUGAGAAAGGAGCUAUAUAAUGUAAAUGAUUAUUACUGUCAAGAACAUCGCACUGCAGCAUCAUGGCAGCAUGUCAGAAGACAGGAAAGUGACCGUUCCAAAACAAGUGCUGUGGUGCUACAAUGCAGCGUCGCUUCUCUUCAGUUAUACAUUGUGUAGCACUUUUGCACCUCCUACAGUUUGACAGUAAAGAGUUUUACUGAACUGCUUUAAGGACUUGCCGGGCCAGAGCUCUUAAGGGCGAACCAAGGCACAACCACGAUGACAUCUGGCCAUGGGAGAGGGCAGGAACACCAGAACACAAGUGGCUGUCGAUCACCAAGAGGCCCCAUCUGUCAUGGCAGUGUGAGACGCAAGCUCGUGUGUGGAUGAGUACAGUACAUUCUUAAAGAAACAUGCCUGGUCAUGUCAGAUAACAAAGUUUCAGCCUUUAAACUCCACACCAUGUUUUGUAACAUCUCUAAACAGAUGAUAAACGUAAGCUACAUGAAGUUAUCUAUUUAUUUUAAUAUGUAAAUCAUAUUUGUGAUUAACUCUGAGACAGA